UUAAUUUGGACAAUUGAAUUCGGAUUGUGGUGAAAACAUGUCUUCUUUCGAUGAGGCCUCAACUUUGGAGCUUAUUAGGCAACACCUUCUCACUGAUUUUCCUUCCAUGGACAACUUCAUCACCAACCUCGAUCUCUACACUCCAAACAACACAGAUCCAGAAAUUUCAUCCGAUCGCACACCCAAACCGUCGACUCUAAGCAACCGCCGUCCUGCCUUGAACGUCAAAGUGCCUCCUAAAGCACCAAUUUCAGUAAUUAAUAAUGUUAGCGUCAAACACGUGGAUGAUUCCGGGGAGAGGAAGCACUACAGAGGAGUCAGGAGGAGGCCGUGGGGAAAGUUCGCGGCGGAGAUACGCGAUCCGACUCGGAAAGGUUUGCGUGUUUGGCUGGGGACAUUCGACACCGACAUUGAGGCUGCACAAGCAUAUGAUAGAGCUGCGUUUAGGUUGCGCGGAAGCAAAGCCAUACUGAAUUUCCCUCUCGAAGUCGCCAAUUUGAAGGACCGGCAGGAAGUGGAAGGUGCGGGCGGCGUUCGCGGGAAGAGGAAAGCGGAGAAAACGGUGGUUGAGAUGAACAAGGUUGUGAAGAGGGAGGAGGUUGUUAUGUUGGAGGAAAGUGAACCGGUUUUGAAUUGUCAGCCGUUAACUCCGUCGAGUUGGACCGGGUUUUGGGAUAGUGAUGUUGAUGUGAAAGGGAUAUUUAGCGUGCCGCCGUUGUCACCGCUGUCACCGUAUCCUGGGGUUAUGGUUGUGUAAGAGAAGAUUGGACUUUGCCAACAACAUUUGAUUUAUUAUUUCAUUUGAAAAAGGGAAAGAAAAGAGGAGUACGGAAGGGAAGGUUGAAAGGGCCGUUUGGCAGAUCAGGAAAAUUAUAAAACGGCAAGGCGCUUCUGGUGGAGAAAAUGGUGAGGUGGGUUGUUUUGCUUGGGACGCAAUGUUAAUAAUGUAGGAUUGCGUGUAAUUCUAGGUUUGUGAUGAGAUUUGUAUUUCUUCUUUGAUUCAAUGAAUUUUGUUUUUUGUUUUUGUACGUAUAA